CUAGGUCGAAUGUAAAGAAGAUAACGGAAGUAUGUCCAACGCUACCCAAUUCGAGGCGGACUAUAGUGAGCUGUCAGCUGACAUCACAGCUAAAAUAGGACGAAUACCAAGUUUAUUUGGCAAAGACAAACAUGACAUGGUUGGGGAGGUUGAGGGAUUGCUGGAGGAAGCUAAAGAUUUAAUAGACCAAAUAGAGGUUGAGAGUCACGCUGCAACCGGAGAUCAGCGCAGACAGAUCACGAUGAAUGUGGUGAACUACAAACGGGACUACGAAACCCACGUCAAGAAUCUGAGAAAAGCUAGGCUCUCAUACACUGACGAGUCUGAGCAGAGAAAUGAGCUGCUCGGAAAUGAACACAAAAACACGAUGACAAACAACUCGGAGAAACUGGAGAGAUCAUCUAAACGUCUCGAGGAUGGUUAUCGUAUGGCCAUGGAGACGGAAGAGAUCGGACAAAACGUGCUGAACAACCUCGCUCAAGAUAGGGAGAAGAUAAAUAACGCUAGAAACAGGUUGAAUAACGUAGACAGUACACUAACACAAAGUUCCCGCCUCCUGAACAACAUGUACCGACGAGUGAUACAGAACAAAGCCAUGAUGUUUGUUAUCGGAUUAAUUAUCGUAGUGAUCAUCGUGCUUGCUUUAUACGGCAUGUUUAAAUAAACACAAAGAGAAUUCUGAGAUUUAUUUUCUAUUUUAAUGGUGUGAUCUGUGAUGGUCACUCCAGUGGUUAUGUAAUGUACACUAUAACAGGUGCUGAUUAUUAUUAUUAUUAUUUAGGUUGAUCACACCUGUUGAAACGGGUGAUGAUUGCGUUGUUGGUCCCGGAGAUCAGUGAAUAGUUUAAAUGUCAACUUCAAAUAACAACACGGACCACAGCAUUAACAAAAAUGCUGUAUUAAUUUCGUUGAUACUGAUAUAAGAUAUUGGCUGUAUCCGCACACCUAAAUCCGGCCGGCCGCCGCGCGCGAUCAAAAGGGGUCGCAGCGUGUUCACAACCCCACAGUACUUAGCACCUCAGACGUUUGCAUGAUGUGGAGCAUUUUUGAUAGAUUUGACUUACAUUUUAUUAACGCUCCAUUAAGUGGCCAUUCUAAGAUGAUAGUUGUUCAUUCUUUGUACUUGCAUGACACAACCAAACAGUAAACAUUAUAAAGUUAUAUUUUAUAGGCUUAUUAUAUGAGUUUAUUGUGAUUAUAAAUGCAUGUUCUGCUAAAAACCCAGUCACAUUUUUACGACAUUUUUGAAAAAAUGUUAGAA